UAAUCUGUUCCUCGUGAUCACCACCUUCUUUAUCGCUGAUCAGCAUCCACCACUCUCAUACUGAGGUAGAUCUGAUCAGAGGCUUUCACAGCAGACCAGACAGACUCCGCUGCAUCUACAUCUAGGAGGAGAUCACCAUGACCGCUUGGCUAUGAGACAUCUGGAGCCAUGGCGGCUUGGCACCGGAUAACCGCCCUUUCUUCACUGCUCCAAGUCGGUUUGUUGUUGUUGCUGUUGUCGGCUCGGAGCAGUGGGAAACCUCUGGAAAAAUGUCUCGGCGACAAGUCCUGUCAGCCCCCGAGACCUCCCGUGGUCCUCAUUCCAGGGGAUCUGGGAAACCAAUUGGAGGCGAAGCUGGAUAAACCCAGUGUGGUCCACUACAUCUGCUAUAAGAAGACUGACUUCUUCACUCUGUGGCUCAACCUGGAGCUGCUUGUCCCUGUAGCCAUAGACUGUUGGAUAGACAACAUACGGCUGAUCUAUAACAGGACCACACACAGCACCUCGUCCCCACCAGGUGUGGAAAUCCGUGUCCCCGGGUUUGGACAGACGUAUCCACUGGAGUAUCUGGACCCCAGCAAACGCAGUGUGGGUAUAUAUUUCUUUACUAUAGUGCAGGCGCUGGUAGAGUGGGGCUACACCAGAGAUGAUGAUGUCAGAGGAGCUCCAUAUGAUUGGAGGAAAGCCCCUAAUGAGAACAAAGAUUAUUUCCUGGCGCUGCAGAAGAUGAUUGAAGAGAUGGCGGAGAAGGCCGGUGGGCCUGUGGUGCUCAUCGCUCACAGCAUGGGCAACAUGUACACUCUGUACUUCCUCAACCAGCAGCCUCAGGCCUGGAAGGAUAGAUACAUCAAGGCUUUCAUCGCUCUGGGACCACCGUGGGCAGGGGUGGCCAAGACCCUCCGAGUCCUCAUCUCUGGUGAUAAUAACCGCAUCCCAGUGAUCAGUCCGCUAAAGAUCCGCUCCCAGCAACGCUCUGCUGUCUCCACCUCCUGGCUGCUCCCCUACGCCCACUCCUGGCCCAAAGAUCAGGUCUUGGUGCAGACGCCCACCACCAACUACACUGUGAUGGACUACAAGCGCCUCUACUCCGACAUCGGUUUUGAGGACGGCUGGCUGAUGCGGCAGGACACGGAGCCCCUGGUGGAGGAGCUGGCGCCCCCCGGCGUGGCCGUCCACUGCUUGUACGGCACCGGCAUCCCCACAUCGGAAGGCUUCCAGUAUUCAGACAAGUUCCCAGACGUGGAGCCCACGGUGUUGCUCGGCGACGGGGAUGGGACGGUGAACCUAAAGAGCGCCAUCCAGUGUGGACGCUGGGUGGGGAAGCAGAAACAGCCCGUCAAGUUACAAGAGCUGUCGGGGAACGAACAUGUCAACAUGUUGCUCAACAUCACCACUGUAGCUUACAUCAAGACUGUGCUGUCCUCACCCUGAUGGCUUUACACACACACACACACACACACACACACACACACACACAGGACAGACAGAGACUGGCUCAUCUCGCCUACCUCUCUGAACAUUGACUGCCAAAAUACAUGAACAUGCCACAUAAAGACGUUAAUUAAGUAUUUAAAUUUUGUUGGAAAAUUACACAUUUAAAUUAAUUUUAUAGCUGUAAUUAUACAACUUAUGUUAAUGUCAGGUUGUUUACUGUUGACCAAGCCUAAUCCCAACUACUUUUAUAUUGAUCGCAGCUUUCAAAGAACCAGAGAUUUUACCUACUAAACCCACAUUAUUAUGAUCAAGUCAAAAAGCAGGGAUAUACUGUAUGUGCCACUUUCCUGAGUUAUUAAUCAAAGUCAGAUCUUUUAUUAAUGUUGUUAAAGAGAUUUCUAAUGUUGUUAGGCAAAAUGAUAAAUCAUAGUUUUUGUAUCUUUCUCAGUGCAACAGGUCACAUGUUUCAGUGCUCAGAAUAUGUGGAUUUUUACCAAAACUUGUUCUUUUUUUGUUGCAUGCUGCCAAGCUGUAAGUCCAUUAUGCUCUGAUGGCUUUGUUUUUAUUGUGUUGUUUGUAUUACAUGUGCUAAAGGACUAAAAACAUAGUUUGGAUAUGAAAGUUGGGUUGAGUCACGUUUAAGCUACUCAAGGGGCAAAGAAAAACAUUAAAGAUGUUUUAGACAAAUCUUAACUCAAAGUCCACUAACUGGCCUAUUCAAGAGCUUUGAAUCGCAUUUUGGUCUAAAUUAUAUAAAUCGUCUCCAUUCAAUGGUUUGCUCUCAAGACUAGAGGUGCAGAAAUGCAGUUGAAAGACCCAGAAAAAGUCAGCAAGUGAACUCUUUGUUGGGAUUUCUUUUGUUAAACAAAAAAGACAUUAAAUUACGAGCCUCUCCCUGGCUUUAUCUGCAGCAUAUUUAGCCUUUUAGAAACUAUUUCUGAGGUCAAAUAAGAGCAAAUAAGCUCCUUUGUCUCAGAGUUUAAACAAGUUAAAUUCAUUUUUAAAUUCUGCUCUUCGUUUUGAAGCAUUGGAAUCAGUAUUUUUAAUAAUAAUGCGUAAUAAUCUUAAAUCCUUGCAUUCAAUUACCUGCUAUAUUAGGUUAUUUCUCUUCACUUUCCAUGCCUUAUACAGUAGGCUACAUUUUGGGUGGUUCUGUAUAUUUUGUCCCCAGGUGUCUAGACAGACUGGAUUUACACAGACGGGUUUUUCUGUUGUUGUUUUUAUGGUAGAAAUCUGAUCUUUUCUUUAUAGUUUAUGAUUUUAAAAAAAAAAUCUCUUACCGUUUUGACUGCCUUUUAAAAGUUCUGACUGCAGAGUUUCAAAGCUGGGUUGUUGUCAGAAUCUCUGUGAGCUGAGUGAUUGUACUGUGCCAUCCAGACCAAGAUGAUAUUAUACAAGAUGAUAUAUGUAGGAUCAUAUCUGCUGUCAACUAUCAUAAGUGUAUGUCAUAAUCAUGUGUUGCCUUCUAUCGAGUAAAAUAUUUCAAAUAUUA